GCGGGCGCCGGCCCUGACCGUCCGUCUCUCGCUCUCUCCCGGGCAGGGAGGCUGCCGGCGUGGACCGCGGGAAGGCGGGGCUGGGGCUCGGCGGGAGGCCACCCCCGCAGCCGCCCCGGGAUGAGCGCGCCCAGCAGCUGCUGGACGCGGUGGAGCAGCGACAGCGGCAGCUCCUGGACACCAUCGCCGCCUGUGAGGAGAUGCUGCGGCAACUGGGCCGCCGGCGCCCGGAGCCGGCCGGUGGCGGGAACGCCUCAGCCAAACCCGGAGCGCCCCCUCAGCCAGCUGUCUCCGCCAGAGGUGGAUUUCCGAAGGAUGCUGGCGAUGGAGCUGCGGAGCCCUGACCAUCCCCGAGCCGGACGCCCUGACUUCUCUCCCUCCCCGGGGCUGGUGGCUGGACUCUGAGCAACUCCCUUCAAUAAAGGGGCCAGUCUUCACUGGCAGUGGCUGGUACUUGGCUGUCAGCCUGGGUGGCAGCUCUGCUAGCAGCUGGGUUCACUCCCAUCCAGGCCGAAAGCAGUGCUGUGCUUUGAAAUGUAGCCAACAAAUAUCCAGUUUGAUUACCCGGAUUUGGGCAGAUCAGCAGUGCUCGCCAGAGUGAUCUAGCCUGCUAAGGGGGAUCCAGGUGGUGUUACAUGUCCAUUUCAUGCUUUGGGAGCUCUCAGCCCCACUAAACACCUUCAGCAGAGCCUUGAUUAAAAGGAAACCUGCAGACUCUC